CUUUCUUUCUUCCUUCACCCAUUAACCAUGGCGGCUGUGGAYACGUGUCGUUCGCUGGGACUUUUCUCUCUUUUCCUUCUUACUUUCCUUCAUGUCUCCACCGCAGGAAAGAAAACGCUUGUUUUGUUAGAUAAUGCAAACACCAAGGAGACUCACUCGAUAUUUUUUGGCUCACUUAAAGAUAAAGGUUAUGAACUAAUAUUCAGAACAGCAGAUGAUCCAGGCCUUGCCCUUGUCAAAUAUGGGGAAUUUCUCUAUGACAACCUCAUCAUCUUCUCUCCAUCAGUGGAAGAGUUUGGAGGUUCUCUCAAUGUCAGGGCCAUAACUGAUUUCAUUGAUGGAGGAGGAAACGUCCUGGUAGCAGCUAGUUCUGCAAUUGGUGACCCACUACGCGAGCUAGGAAGUGAAUGUGGCAUUGAAUUUGAUGAAGAGAAGACUGCAGUUAUUGACCAUAUUAAUCAUGACGUGUCUGAUCUUGAUCAGCAUACCCUGAUUGUGGCAGAUCCAGGUCAAGUAAUCAAGGCCUCUCCUGUCACUGGCAAGACUGUUACAAGUCCUCUUUUGUUCAGAGGUGUUGGGAUGACUGCAGACACAGAUAAUCCACUCGUACUUGAGGUUGUUACAGCAUCAUCAACUGCAUAUUCUUACUAUCCAGAUGUAAAAAUAUCAGAGUAUCCACAUGCCGUGGGAAAAAGCACUUUAUUGGUUGCUGCCCUUCAGGCCAGGAAUAAUGCCAGAGUGGUUUUCUCAGGCUCUCUGGAUUUCUUCAGCGAUGAAUUUUUCCAAAGAUCAGUGCAAAGCUCUAAAGCAGGAUCUAAAGAGCACUCCAGAUCUGGAAAUCAGCAGGUUGCACUAGCCUUGGCUAACUGGGUGUUUAAACAGCAAGGUGUGCUGCGUGUUGGUGAGGUAAAGCACCACAAAGUGGGAGAAAAUUCACCUCCAGCAGCUUACACCAUUGAAGAAAAUGUCUUCUACAGUAUUCAAAUCGAGGAGUUUUCCAAUGGGGAAUGGCAACCAUUUAGAGCUAAUGAUGUUCAGUUGGAAUUCUUCAGGAUUGACCCGUUUAUCAGGACAACACUGAAUCGCUCAAGAGAGGGUCUAUUCACUGCUCAGUUUAAGCUACCAGAUGUCUAUGGUGUCUUCCAGUUCAAGGUUGAAUACAACCGUGUUGGUUACUCAUAUUUAAGUAGUAAAACCCAGGUGUCUGUGCGUCCCAAGCAACACACACAGUAUGAGCGUUUCAUCCCAUCAGCUUAUCCAUAUUAUGCUAGUGCCUUCUCCAUGAUGAUUGGAUUGUUUAUAUUUUCACUUGUUUUCCUACACCAUCGUGAAGAAGGGAAGAUGAAAGCAGACUAAAUUCAGAGUAUUCACAGGCAAAAGUGAAGUAGCUUAUCAAUUAAAUUUUUUUGUGCAAAACAUUUUUUCAAGAAGCUAAUAAACUGUUUUGAUUUAA